AUGUCCAGCAACGCACCGCCACCCAGCAGGUUCUCGGGCUACUUCACGGCAAGCCCUUCCCAGGAUGCCUAUGCAAGAUCUAGGAGCAUCACGCAUUCCGGUCCCGGUGGGCCUUCAAGCUCUCGCGGACAUUACCACUCCACUCAAAACCGGAUUAUGGCCGGGACACCUCCCACGUACUACCCUUCCUCAUCGGCGGUCUAUCCGGGCUCAUCCCGUUACCGGUCCAUGCUGGACGUCGGGCCCUCCUCGUCGUCGUCGUCGGCCGCACAGAACCGCGCUCUGCCCCCGCCGCCGCAGAUCGCCGAGGAGGACGAGUGCCCCGUCUGUCACCGAGAGCUACCCUCACGCACCUUGUCAAAUUUUGAACACUUACGUGAGAAGCACAUCAAUACUUGCAUCACCUCGCACAGCACAUACGGCGGCACGCCAACAGGCGAAACGCCGCCAUCCGGUACCCCGCCGCCUCUAGCCGCGCGCCGGACGGGAAUGUUCCCAUAUGUUGCUACGGAGAAGGAUUGCGUAGACUCUGCGGAAUGCACCAUCUGCCUCGAAGAGUUCGAGGUUGCAUAG